AUGUCCACCGAAAUAAUAGACAAACAGUUUCAGUCGCUCGCCUUGACUUGGUACCAAAAAAAGAUAAUUGUUGCUGUUGACUAUGGGACAACUUUCACAGGAGCUAGUUACGUGAAUUCCGAAAGUGGCAGUAUAAGCGACAUCGUCCUUAUCAAGUCAUGGCCGGGAACGAGAAGAGACGUUGACCAUGCCCUCAAAACUCCUUCUCACAUCGCCUACCCAGAAGACAACCAAAAGUUGGGAAAACGGCGAUGGGGCUUCCAAGUAGAAACUGGACACAAGUGCUACUCAUGGACCAAAUUGUUGCUAGACCAGAAUAUUCCACUCACAAAAUACGAUGAUCCCAUGCUGGAGAAAGCGUCCAAAUUAGGCAUCAUGCAAUUACCAGAAGGGAAGGACGCAGUAGACGUUGUUGCAGACUUUUUGAUGGGAGUAUAUGAGCAUAUCAUGCAUACACUUGAGAAAGGACUCACAAAAGAAAUCCUCGACAUCUCUGCAAUUGAAUUCUGGUUUACGAUGCCAGCUAUUUGGUCUGACAAAGCGCAGGCUUCCACCAGAGAAGCAGCCCAGCGUGCUGGGUUUGGCCAAAGCUCUAGUCGGCCUGGUGACAAAAUAUUCAUGAUCACUGAACCUGAAGCUGCUGCUAUUGCUGCGCUUACAAGGAGCAAAACUGACAUAGUCAGCGCACCUGUUAAAGCUAGAGAUGGUGUCUUAGUUUGUGAUUGUGGGGGGGGGACCGUUAAGGAUAUCACAACGUAUCUCAUAACAGGAACAGAUCCUAUUUUAUCCUUCGAAGAGCUCUGUACUGGGACAGGCGGGAAAUGCGGUUCAACCGCCCUUGACAGGAACUUUUACCUACUGAUGUCCAAACGGUUUGGGGAUGCUUUUGAUGAGCUGUCAAUGAAAAAAAAAGGCCCUGGAAGCGACUUCAUGGGACACUUUGAGCGUUUAAAGAAGGAUUUCGGUGCAGAUACAAUCGAAACCACAUACGAAAUGGCCCUCAAUAUGCGGUCUUCAGAUUUCGACCCCAAGUAUUAUGACGAUGACGAGGGCGUUGUUCUUAUAUCUGACCAGGACCUGCGAGACAUUUUUGACCCGGUUAUAAAUCAAAUUCUAGACCUCAUCACAACACAGAUAGAAGACGCCAACAAGGAGUUGCAACGCGAUGCUAUCAACAGAAUAAUUCUGGUUGGUGGUUUCGGGGAUUCCGAAUAUCUAUUGCAGGCCGUCAGAAGAACAUUUGGUGGGGAUAGGAACAUAUCCAUUACUGUGCCAAGCAAUCCACAGGCUACCAUUGCUCAAGGAGCUGCACUUCGUGGAUUACAAGGCAUUCGAUCGACGGUGAAAAUAUGUCGUCGGCAUUAUGGAUUUUCCUGGGGUACGGAUUUUCGUCCCGGUAUUGACAAUGAGAAGGAUGCCUAUUGGGACGAAUUUAACCAAAGAAAGAUGGUGUCAGGCAGAAUGAAAUGGCUGAUUCGGAAGGGCCAAAAAUACCAUGAAAAUGACUCACAGAAAGUAACAAUAUAUCGGAAGCAUUAUCCGGGGGAUUCACUAAAAAAGCAUGUUGAGCUAUACUGCUGCAAUCCUACGGAAGCCCCGGAUCGUGUUGAGCAUCCUAGUGUUCAGGUUGUUGGUAGAAUUGAAACUGAUUUCACGCACGUCGGCCUCUCCAAAUUCGCUAGCAAAUUCAUUAACAGGAAGUGCGUGUAUUUAUUACAAUAUUCACUAGAGGUGACAUUCGGCGCCCAAGAAGGUAUCUUGCAAUUUGAGGCGGUCUCAAGCGGGCAUGUUAUAGGAAAAAGCAGUAUCAGCUUCAGUAAGGCGACUUACUACUGA